AUGUCCUCCUUUACACCUUCCCGACCGCAAAAAAGUCCGUCCCGGACUAAACAUAGUAUUACCUGGGCUAGAAAGGGGUGNAGAGGAAUGGAUGCGUGCCGUUAGUUCGGACUACAUCAGUGGAGAUCCUGGAGGGUUCCGUAGAUUGAGAAUAGAUCGUUCAGGCGGGUAGAGGGGACGACGGCAUUUAGCCGAUCAGCCCACUUGACCAACAUUUCCCAGUUGGGUAGGGUUCGAAGGGUGGGUACAUGACCGAGGAUGAAUUGGCCGCUUCUGCAACGUGUAAUUGCUACGUUCAGGCGAAGAGGAUCAUCAAUGAAAGUGGCGGUUUCGGGUUUUAAGCCAAUGCGCGUGGUUAAGAGGAUGACCACCUCGGUUCCUCGUCCCUGAAUAGAAUCUACUGUGGCGAUUUCGAUGUUUCGCUCCGAUGCGAAGUCAGCUAGUAGUUGAAAUUGUCCGCGAUAAAAGGUGACUUCGCACAGCUGACUAGGUUGGAGACCAUGUUGUAGUAAGUGGUCCAUUAGCGAGACGCAAAAUUCCGCUUCCUCGUCGUUAAGAUGGGAACGCGUAGGAGCCCGUACUGAGUUUCCUUCGACAUUGAUCAAAGCAAAUGGAACGUGAGGAUUUGGGAACUUGACACGGUCUAGAGGCAAGCGUCGUUCCCUCGCUGUCACUCCGCUGAGCAAUGAGCCACCGUAGGAGAGAAGAUAUGGUAGCUCGUUAAGAGCUGGGUGGGCUCUAAAAGUAGUCACUAAAGCUGCCUUGGGGAUCCCUGAUGACCGCUCAAGCACGGACAUAAUGCUUUGACCGCCGGAUAACGCUGGGUUCGCAUCGCUGGGGCAUUUGACGUGAGGACACAUUUGGUUUAUGUCUCCGAUGUAGAGCUGGCGAGCGUCGGGAACAUGGUUAUGAGGCAUGCCAACAUGGGUUCUGGUACUUGCGAUAAUGAUAAUAAUUUUACGGUCUGUGAUAUUGUUCUUGAAACUCCUCCCUUGGCCGUAGUGUUUAGAAGUGAUGCCGUUAUCAAAACGAGCACGUCUGGGGGUCGUACUGUGAACAUUAUCCGGAAAUCUUUUCUUCGAAAUCUUUGCUCAGUGAUUUCAGAAUUCGUGAAUAUCGACUGGUGUGGAUGAGGUUUCGUCAAGGAACGCCGAUUCCGAUAUGUAUCGUUUGAGUCGGAUGUGCUGAAAUUUAUCGAGGGCUAGCAUCGUGUUCGUGAAGUGAGCCACGGCGUUGUUGGUUGUCGCCGUGACUAUUUUUGGUCCUCUUUUCUGCUGAGCUGAAAGUCCUGCGAUAAUGGCACCUAAGAUAGUUUUGCCGGUACCGAAAGCGGCCUGUAUUUCCGCGAUUGGGUGAUUCGCCAUUCCAAGUUCUAGUGAACUUCGCGGGUCCGGUGUCAAUGAGAUACGCUGUUGUUUGAGCCGGAAAGGAUCCAGGAGUGAAACCGAAGAGGUGGGCUCAUCCAGUUUUUGGGGUGGGUUGGGUAAAGGAGCCGCUGAAUUACGAUAGACGAGGUCUAGGAUCUGAUGUCCAACGGUGUUGGUCUCGACCUGGGUGACAAUGUGGAGCAUCCUGGAUAUGGCUUCGUUGGCUGGGCUUGCUGAUUUCGUGGGUUUGGCGAGACGUACACUUUCGUGGUUCCAUGUGAAGCCGGCAAUUCGUAUCGAGAGCUGUUUACUGUUCGCAUUGAAAAAACAGAGUCCACAUGCAUUUUCACCGUUUGGUCCGCUCCUGUGA